UUCCCCCUUGGACCAUGUGGAUGUUGAGGAGAGGUUUGAGAAGGCCGUUCUGCAGUCUGGGAGAGUUGUCAACGAUAAAAUGCCGAUCCGACGAAUCAACUCUCUACCGUUGAUGUUCGGCUCCAGUCCGGCUCUGAGGAGUCCGGACCCAGAGAGCCAGCAGCAUCGCUACGGGGCCUUCGGACGGUACGGCUCAGUCCAGGAUACAGCCGCCUCCUCUGGGCAGGGCAACAAGGAGAACCAGGAGAAGGGCUUUGAGUUUAAGAAGCCCACCAAGCCAGCGUCACGCUGCCGAAUGAGGUCCUUCCACAGUGGAGGAGGACAGAGCAAGGACUUUGCCCGCCGACCCAACUCUGCCCCGGCCCUCAUGCUGUCCCCACCCUCGUCGCAGCGCCUCAGCUCAUUGGACGACAGCAGCCCCAUGAUCCUGCGUCGUUCCUCCUUGACCUGCUCCCUUAACGAGGAUGACGAUGGUUUCCUUGAAGUUCUGGAUGACUGUGAGGAAGAGGAGAGUGACAUGCCCAUGGGGAUGGUCAGCCUGCUGACCGCUCCGCUAGUGAGGGACAACUCUGCAGCGGACUCGCCGGUGGUUCGGUGUCGGCCGAGGGGUCUGUUCCGCUCCCCCUCCAUGCCCAGUGAGGUGGGCCGCGCCCCCCUCAAGCGCCCUGAGCGUCCCCGGGAUGGGAACACGCCGGUCAGGGUGAAGAGACGACGCAGCCUGGUGGAAACGCACAUCACCACCAUGGACCAGGACGACUGCUCUCUCAGAGAGAUGACGUUCUGUAACCACACUGAGAUUGAGAAGCUGCUGGACACUAGUGAGUCUGACCAGGACAAGGAGCUGAUUGGAGAUUUCACCAAACCCUUUGCCCUGUCCACCGUGGAGGGGAAGCACCAGGACCUGAAAUACAUCACUCCUGAGAUGAUGGUGUCUGCUCUGAGCGGCCAGCUGGACCAUCUAGUCGAGAGGAUGGUGGUGAUUGACUGUCGCUACCCGUAUGAGUUUGAGGGGGGCCACAUCAGAGGGGCCCUGAACCUCCACCAGGAGGAGCAGGUAGAGGAGUACCUCCUACGCACCCCCAUCGCCCCUCUCUCCCCUGACCGCAGGGUCCUCCUCGUCUUCCACUGUGAGUUCUCCUCAGAGCGAGGGCCCAGGAUGUGUCGUUUCGUACGUGAGCGAGACAGGACGAUGAACGAGUACCCUAACCUGCACUACCCAGAAAUCUACAUUCUCAAGGGAGGCUACAAAGAGUUCUUCCCUCACUUCCUGAUGCAGUGUGAGCCCCAGGGGUACCGGCCCAUGCACCAUCAGGACUUUAAAGAGGACCUGAGGAAGUUCAGACUGAAGAGCAGAACCUGGGCUGGGGAGCGCAGCAAGAGAGACCUGUACAGCAGACUGAAGAAGCUGUAGCCCCCCUGUAACCCUACUGCCCCCCCCCUGUAACCCUACUGCC